UAACUAUAUAUCCCUCCCACCGCGCACCACCAGUCGUCGCCGCUCUCCGCCGUCCAUUUCGCCCAGGUUCCUCCGCGUAUGGAGCUCUCAAUCCCUCACCGUUCCCUCAUCCAUUCCAAUUUCUCUCACUCGCGUCUUCGUAACUCACCACUUCAUCCCUCGCAGCGUCUUCUCCUCCCCGUACACCUUCCGCAGCGGAAGGUACACAUCCUCUCCACUCACCUUCCAUCAUCUUCAAUGGAUCCCACGGUCACUCGCGCGUCCGACGAUAACGGCUCACCGGCGGUAACUACAGCUCAAGGAGGAAGAAUUGGAGAGGUUAAGAGGGUUACGAAGGAGACGAAUGUGAGUGUGAAGAUUAAUCUGGAUGGUGACGCCGUGGCUGAAAACAACACGGGCAUUCCUUUCCUCGAUCACAUGUUAGAUCAACUUGCUUCACAUGGAUUAUUUGAUGUUCACGUGAAGGCUGUUGGGGAUAUUCAUAUUGAUGAUCAUCACACAAAUGAAGACGUAGCCCUUGCAAUUGGGACAGCUAUGCUGCAGGCACUUGGUGAUAGGAAAGGAAUCAACCGGUUCGGGGAUUUCUCAGCUCCUCUUGAUGAAGCUCUAGUACAUGUUUCACUGGAUCUAUCUGGAAGGCCACAUUUGGGUUAUGAUCUGCACAUACCAACAGAAAGAGUAGGAACUUAUGACACACAGCUGGUGGAGCACUUUUUUCAGUCCUUGGUCAAUACCUCUGGAAUGACACUACACAUACGACAGCUUGCUGGGAAAAAUUCUCACCACAUCAUAGAGGCAACUUUCAAGGCCUUCGCAAGGGCUCUCCGGCAAGCUACAGAAUAUGAUACGCGUCGUCGUGGAAGUAUUCCAAGCUCGAAAGGUGUUCUUUCACGCACGUGAAUACUUCAUCGAUUGUGCCAAAAGCUUGACGAAUGUCUAGAUUUGAACACACUUUGUUCAUCGUUGUAGAAAGCCUCAUUUGCCCGUUGGAGAAUAUCAUCCCCAACUAUGGCUGAUCGGCCAUAUGUUAUGAUGCACUGAAGCCCACAAGCCCAGUGCUUGUGCAUAUGAUUGUAAUCAUCUCAAGUGCCAUUCCGGUUAUAGCUUGUUGUAUUUUGGUUAUUCUGGUCUAGGGUUUUGGUCCGUAUUGGAAGUUGCCUUCUUCCCCUUUCCUACAGGCUACUGCAACCCAACCUCACACUGGGUCCAACCCCAUUUGCGGCUAGGUUGCUUUUGCCAAUACUACAUAAGAGGAGUAGAUAAUGGGAGUGUCCAAUUAGGAAUUUAGUAUGGCACGAUCAAAGUGGAGUAUAAGUCUUGGUCCAUUUGCGACAUAUGUGCAAGUGGCUAGCCUACCUAUAAUCGCCCAUAUCAUAUGUAUAUAUAGAUAUAGAUGUGUAAAUAUAAGGCCGGCAGCGUCUUUACUUUAUCUGACUGCAAGCAUGUGGUCGUCAGUGGAGAGUUGGGCCACCACCCUACCGCCACGCCCCCACCACCACUUUUCGACCUUUUCA